CCUGUGACAAAUAAAAAACUUGGCAGCCGACUAUCAGUCAUAACAGCAGGGUCAUUUUCUGAAGAAAUAAUCAUUAAAACUUACUAUUUACAGUUUGAAAACGUAUUUGAUUGUUAGAUUUAAUUUAUUCAUAAUUAUUUAAAACUUGUGUUCGCCACUCGUAUUCUAAACUACAAAAUGGCCGAACCUAUCAGAGUAGUCGUCACCGGAGCAGCAGGCCAGAUCGCCUACUCCCUGCUGUACCAGAUUGCUUCUGGGGCCGUAUUUGGCCCAGAACAGACUGUGUACCUCCACUUGCUAGAUAUUGCGCCCAUGAUGGGAGUGUUAGAGGGUGUUGUGAUGGAGUUGGCUGACUGUGCACUGCCACUGCUCGCCGGUGUUCUCCCCACUGCAAACCCCGAGGAAGCCUUCAAGGGAGUCGCUGCUGCCUUCCUUGUCGGCGCCAUGCCCAGAAGGGAGGGCAUGGAGAGAAAAGACUUGCUCUCUGCCAAUGUCCGCAUUUUCAAGGAGCAAGGACAGGCCCUCGACAAAGUUGCCCGUAAAGACGUAAAAGUCCUUGUAGUCGGUAACCCCGCUAACACAAAUGCCCUGAUCUGCUCCAAAUACGCCCCAUCUAUUCCUAAAGAGAACUUCACAGCCAUGACCCGUCUCGACCAGAACCGUGCUCAGUCUCAACUAGCUGCCAAAUUGGGAAUCCCAGUGCGUGAUGUUAAGAAUGUCAUCAUUUGGGGAAACCACUCAUCCACACAGUUCCCUGAUGCCUCUAAUGCUGUUGCUGUGAUUGGAGGAGUUCAGAAAUCAGUGCCAGCUGCCAUCAAUGAUGAGGAAUUCUUGAAGACUACUUUUGUAAGCACUGUACAGAAGCGCGGCGCUGCUGUGAUCGCCGCGAGAAAGAUGUCAUCUGCCUUAUCGGCCGCUAAGGCUGCCUCAGACCAUAUGAGGGAUUGGUUCUUGGGAACCGGAGACCGCUGGGUGAGCAUGGGAGUCGUAUCUGACGGAUCCUACGGCACACCUAAAGACGUCGUAUUCUCAUUCCCAGUCACAGUAAGCAAUGGCAAGUGGAAGAUCGUUGAGGGACUCACUAUUACAGACUUUGCUCGUCAAAUGCUUGACGCAACGGGCAAGGAGUUAGCUGAGGAGAAACAAGACGCUCUGGACGUCUGCAAGGAUUGACUGUGUAGUCUAUAAGAAUAUUGUAAUAAUAAUAUUAGAUAAUGGUAAAUACACCUAGGGUUUAAACUGCAGCUUGAAACAGCAAUAACUUGUUUUUAUGUUUAUGUAUAGACCAAUCAAAAAACAUUCUUGCACGUAGGUUAAAAGAUCACAUUUAUCUCAGUUGUUGAACAACUUUUAUUGUUAUUAUUAUUUACAUAUGAAAACCAGCGUUUACUAAUUUGUAAUAAUUAAUAAAUUAUAUAUUUUUGUUAUGUAAUAAAGGAAAAAUUUCAGCUUUAAA